AUGCGACAAAAACCUAUCGAAUUAAAGAUUGCACAUAAUAUCGGGCAAAUAGAUCCCGAUCCCAUUCAAAAUUUUAAAGAAAUCAUCAAAUUCCCCCGGGAAAGUAAAUUACCAAUACCAGUAUUCCCUUAUUUAAUCAAGGAAGCAUCAAAUCAGCCAAAUAUCAAGGAGUUAGCUCCCAUGGGAAAUGAUAUGGAACUUUUUCACCUCUUAUCGGUCGCCAAACCCAAAAGAAGCAAUUCUCAUUAUCUGUCGACUAAUGUACCGGAAGAUUAUCCGCCUAAAGAUGGCUACAAAAAUAGUCGUCAAUUAAAUGUGAUUGCUCGAGCAAUCUUGGUCUGUAAAGAUUUGGGGAUAUUGUGGAAAUAUAUUGGUGAACAAAGAUCUGAAGAACUAAUCGAACUUGGCUUUGAUUUAACGCAUGUGAUUGGAGAUAGCAUGCAGAUUUUUGAAAAUAGCUUAUCAGAUGUCGGCGGAAUUUUUCUGGAAUCAUUUGUUAAAAUCAAAGAACGAAACUUAAAAAAGUUUGGAUUGUGGAACUUUUUGAAUAACCACUUGGGGAAAAUCUAUGAUGAAGGUUUAAACGAUGAAGAAGCAAAAAAAUUCAGUAGCAGGAUUGAAUACCAAGAGGAAGCAUUCAGGAAAGCAAUGGCAGAAUAUAUGGAAUAUAUUAACGAAUCGUCAAAUAUUACCAAUAGUGCCAAUAAUGAAGAAGAUGCACUGGAUUUAAAAACCUUUGGAGCGAAUGCUAAUACAACCAGAGUGGCAAAAGGCUCAUACGAGGCUACGGCAAUAGCAAUGUGCCUUUUAAACACAAUCACAUACAAUACCUAUCCCAUGAAACUUAUGAAUAAGUCCUUGGACCUUUGUUCAAAUG